CUCCGUCUUCGGCUGGGCAUGCGCAGACAGCGAAAACUUACUUGGACGUCCAGUUGGCAAACUGACGAAGUUAUCUGCGGAACUAGAAGCCUCAAAACAAAAAAAACAAAAAAAACACCAUGACUUCGACGAACAUGUUCCAAGGGUUGGAGACUGGAUCCAAACCAAGUUCGAGGGUGUUGCAGCCUCCCGGAGGUGGCUCCAGUAACCUGUUUGGGGGCUAUGAAGAGGACGCUGCAGCAUCGAGAAGACCUAAUAAGAUGGCCUCUAAGGUUUUCUCUGCGCCAGAGGAGCCCCAGACCCAGAGUGCACCUAGACGCUCCAAUCCUCCAGGUGGGAAGAGUAGUGGAAUAUUUGGGGACCCUGCACCUCAUGCUCAGCCACAGAGACCUGUACCUCCAGGUGGACCGACCAGCAACAUAUUUGGGGCUGCAGAAAGUUCAGCUGUCCAAAGCCCAAGCCGAGGCCAUCCAAAUAAGCCAAAGGUAGACAAUCUUGGAAUGGUUCCUGAGCCAGAAUCACCAGCACCCGCAGCCAAGGUCAGCCAGCCUGAAGUGAAGGUGGAAGCCGCCCCUCCUGCUCCUGCUCCUACUCCUGUUCUUGCUCCUGCUCCUGUUCUUGCUCCCGCUCCUGUGCCAGCCAAGGAAGUGCCCGCUGUUGAGGUUGCAGCCCCCCCUCAGCCUGAGCCCCCUUCCUCCUCCUCUUCCUCCGCCUCUUCCUCACCUUCUCAGAACGAAGAGACCGGUGAGCGGAAGAACCACGAGCCCCAUCUGGGACCCAAACCUCGCUCUCACAACAGGGUCCUGAACCCCCCCGGAGGAAAGUCGAGUGUGGUAUUCUACUGAUGAGCUGAGCACACCUCUCCUCCCCGUACGUGUCCACACACUCCUGUCUGCUCCCCUGAUUAUCUUCUCUCAUUCCAACCCCCCUCCCCUCCUCCCACUGUAACUUCAACUCUACAUCCAACCAGGAACUUUGGCUCUUCUCACAAGGUUCCUGAUCACUUAAAUUGUCCUCAACUCCUUGCACUUUCAGCUCUGUCAUUGUCCAAUCCUUUAUUUUCCUCUUUGAAUCCUGCAGUCAUACAAUCACCAACUGAUCAAUCAACCCAAGCUGUUCCCUAAUCCUUUUACCCGUGACACGGUUCGGUCCCGGCCUAUAUCGUCUCGCUGUUCUUCUGUUUCAACAAGUGUUCUUGUAGUUCGGUUAAAGUAUUUUUCAUGAUGCAAACCUUUUUGGAAGACUGGUUAAAGACGUUGAAGUGUCUUUGCAAUAUUCGGCUUUAAACAAUCCUCGACUUCAAUAACAACUUCAAUCCUGGCGUUCAGAUUCACAACAGAAAUGUGCUUUAAUAUCGGGGUGCUUGUUUUCAAUAAGCAGACGCUCAGUCAGGAGGAGGUGAAUACAUUUUCUCGCUGAUUUAAAAAAAAAAAAAAAAAAAAAGCUUCAGGGAGUUCCACUCGUGCCAUCUUUUUAUGCAUUGCCAGAUCCUCAUUGGCUGACUACAUAACACCUUUAGUUAAGCCACUUUUAAAAUAAUUGAUGUCGGCUAACAACAAACGACUGUAAUCAAAAGGCCUUAAAUCAGCUCUGCAUUGUUUAUGUUUUGUUGCCUUCUUAUUAAUUAUUUGUUUGUGUGUGACAUUGCUGACCUGCUGUCUCAACACAAAUGAUUCAAAGAAAAAAAUACCAAAAGUUAACUCUUAAACAAAGACGAAUGUGGUUGUUUCCUCUCAAAUGUUUCCGCUUCCUUAAAAAAAAUUCCAUUUUUGAUUUGAUGCGUUGUAUUGUGCAGGUACUUUUCUGCUUGGUCCUCAUUGCUUGCUGUAACUGAAAACAUGCCUCUUUUGUUUUGUUUUGCUUGGGGUAGGCCUCUGUUUAUGUUUUAAAUUAAAACGGCUGAAGACAAGUGAACUCUGGACUAGCGUGCGGCCUACCUGAGUCCAGGUGGGCUCAUUGAUAAUCAACUUCUCACCCACUUCAUGACGCACACUCUCGGUAUUCUGGUGCCGGCCUGUCCCCCUCGUGUUGAUGUGCCUGGCAGGCAAUGAGUGCAGCAGAAGAAAGAAGUCCUGUGUAUUGCAAUAAAACUGUUGUUUUGCAUUUAGA